CUGGGGCCGAUUUCUGCAUUUAAAUUCCCCUUGCCCUAACCCUUGCUCCCUACUUACUUCGUCCGCCACUCUCUCCCUCUCCCAAAUUCAGUUUUUUUCUUGCUCGAAGUUUUUGUGUUACUUGACCAAAUGAGGGGAAGGAGUUACACACCUUCACCACCAAGAGGAUAUGGUAGGAGAGAAAGGAGCCCCCCAAGAGGAGGAGGGGGACGCUAUGGUAGAGGAGGAAGAGAUAGAGAUGAUGCUCCAACCAGUCUUUUAGUGCGCAACCUUCGCCAUGACUGCAGGCCAGAAGACUUGCGGAGGCCAUUUGGACAAUUUGGCCCGGUUAAAGACAUUUAUCUGCCUAGGGACUACUACACUGGUGAUCCUAGAGGAUUUGGUUUUGUUCAAUUCGUGGACCCUGCUGAUGCUGCAGAUGCUAAAUAUCACAUGGAUGGACAGAUUUUGCAAGGUCGGGAAUUGACUGUUGUUUUUGCAGAGGAAAACAGGAAAAAGCCAACUGAAAUGAGAUCCCGAGAAAGGGGAAGUAGUAGAGGAAGCAGUCGUGUUUAUGAUAGGAGGAGAUCACCUCCUCGCUAUUCCCGUUCUCCCCGUUAUUCCUCCCGUUCACCACCUCCUCGGGGCCGUGAGUACUACUCUCCUAAGAGAAGAUAUUCAAGGUCUAUUUCCCCUCAUGAGAAGAGGUACGGUAGAGAGAGGUCAUACUCACGCUCUCCAGCACCACGGGAUCAGUCCCCCCCACCCUAUGAUGGAGCAAGGAAACACAGUGGAAGUCCAGUGAGAGAGCGGUCUCCAUUUGGAUCGAGAAGCCGCAGCCAGAGUCCUGGUCAAGGUCGUGGCCAUUCUCCGGUUAGAGCUCCUCCUGCUCGAAGCCCCAGUCGUAGCAGAAGCAGGAGCCCUUACCCUGCAGAUUAUCCAACUGGACCUGUGAGGGAUAGGUCUCCUAGCCAAUGAGCUGUGCUGCUCUCGCCUCUUGUAAUAUUUUGCACCUUGUGUUACUAGAUCAUCUAAACUAACUAGGUUGGCUUUGUUUUAUCCCAAACUUCCAGUAGUCUGAUUAUGUCUUGUCCUUUAUGGUGCUUGGAAUAUUUGACAUUAUGAGUAUUCAGUUUGAUUCGGUGUUUUCAUUAA